CGCCGCUGUUUCCCUUGACAGCGAACAUUGAAGCUAACUUAACGUUAGCCAUUGUUUAUCAACACUGUGACUUUGAAUGAAGGGGGGGAGGGGAAGCUGUUGCUGUCGCAGCACGUCUGGGCAUGUUUUCAACGCAUGUCUGCAUAUAAACUGUCCUGUUUCUUCUUCAACUUUACAGGUAACCCUUGAAAAUAUUUUGUUUGCACGCAGCAAAAUCUAUUUUCUGCUGUAAAACAUGGCAACCGACUGCGAGGCCUGGCUGAACGCAAACCCCGUUGAGGCUGAAGACCUGAGUGACUCCUUUGUGUCUGGAGAUGAAGACAACGGUAGAGCCGUUAUUGCCAACAAAAACAUCAACAACGAGAUCAAUGGCAACUGGCUGUCCUCGUCAAGUAACAGCAUUCACGAAGCACGUCUCAAGGCAAAGGCCAAGCGGAGGCUGAGAAAGAACUCCUCCAGGGACUCUGGCAGAGGAGACUCCCUUAGUGAUAAUGGGGAUGUGGUCAGGGGAACCUUGGCUGCACCUACCAGCCCAAAGAGCAAGCUGCUGGACAGAAAGUCUCGCCUGGGCAAGGGCAGAGGGCUGCCAAAGAAAGGUGGGGCUGGAGGCAAAGGUGUGUGGGGCCGAUCUGGUGAAGUUUAUGGACCAGAGGAGGUAGAUGAGAAAGACCCCAACUAUGACGAAGCUCAGGAAAACUGUGUGUAUGAGACUGUGGUCCCCCCGCUGGAUGAGAGGGACUUUGAGAAGACUGUCACGCCCAUAGUCCAAGAGUACUUUGAACAUGGAGACACUAAUGAAGUAGCGGAGCUGCUUGCAGAACUGAACCUGGGGCCCAUGCGGAGCGAGGUGCCCUCACUGGCUGUGUCACUGGCCCUGGAGGCCAAAGCCAGCCACCGGGAGCUCACAUCCAGGCUGCUGGCUGAUCUGUGUGGGCCUGUUCUGUUCUGCAGUGACAUGGAAAAGUCCUUCGAUAAAGUCCUUCGAGAGCUCCCCGAUCUGGUCCUGGACACACCUGGGGCACCACAGUUGGUGGGCCAAUUCAUCGCACGUGCCGUUAGUGACCAGAUAUUGUCCAAGAGCUACAUUGAGGGCUACAAAGGCAGAGUUGACUGUGAAUACACAAGGGCGGCGUUAGACCGAGCAGCUGUGCUGUUGAAGAUGAGUAAGGGUGGGCUUCGUAUAGACAACCAGUGGGGCACAGGUGGGGGCCAGAGACCCGUCACACAGCUCAUCAAAGAGAUGAACCUGCUGCUGAAGGAAUACAUCCUGUCUGGAGAGAUCAAGGAGGCUGAGAGAUGCCUGAGAGAUCUGGAGGUUCCCCAUUUCCACCACGAGUUUGUCUAUGAGGCAAUAGUUAUGGUGUUGGAGUCCAAAGGAGAGAAAACAUUCAAAAUGGUUCAGCAGCUACUGAAGUCACUAUCAGUGUCCUCUGUCAUCACUGUGGACCAAAUGAGAAGGGGAUAUGAAAGAGUUUACAUGGACAUCGCUGAAAUCAACAUUGAUGUCCCUCGUGCAUACUUCAUCCUGGAGCAGUUUGUUGAUAAAAGCUUUAGUAUGGGGAUCAUUGAUGAAAAGUUAAGAGAUCUUUGUCCCUGUCGGGGCCGGAAGAGAUUUGUCAGCGAGGGAGAUGGUGGUAUCGUCAAACUUGAAAGCUACUGAGGAGCCCUUUUUAUGUGCCAGACUUCCCGAAGAGGAUAAAGCUACUUUUUUUACUUGCAUAUUUUUCAAAAUAGUUGGGUACAAAAUAUCCCCUUCUAACAGUCAAACGAAUGUACAUUUCUGAAAUUUGAGGUGGGGUGAACAAACAAAACAGGAAAAAAACUGCACUUUUGAUUGAAACUGAAGUAGAUCACUUUCUCCAAGGUGUUUCAGUAUAAAUAUUUCCAUAAGCUAACCCUCAUCAAAGUGCCACACCUCUCAUUGUCAGUCAUUCCAUGUUGUUUUGUACAGUAUUUCUCUUGAUUUCACUGCCACUCCGUUUGUGUUUUCUGGAAAGCAGUGUUUGUACAGAGAUGACUGGUUUGUGUCAAGAGCUUUAUAAAGGGGUAUUAAAAAAAAUAAAGGUGGGCAUAUUUGUGAAAAGCAAUACUUGCUCCCUUAAUAGCUGCUGUUUCUAUGCUGUGCUUGACUUUCUCUUUUCUUUUUACCCUUUAAAUCACACAACGAUGUCAUUAUUGAAGGUAACAAGACACAAGUACAGUGCAAAAACAAAUACCAGUCAGGAUAACUUCAACAUAUGGUGUUUAGAGUGUUUAUUUUUAUAUGUGGGGAAUACUGGUGUAUGAAAUGUACCACGUAUCGAUCCCUGUUUAUUCAUUAAAUCACUAUUAAAUAAUCUAAGACUGUUUUUGUGAAUGUCACAGUAUUAACACACACUAGUACUACAUGUUGCAGAUAAAGUCUUACUCAGCCCACAGCUAUCGCUCUGCUCUACAGUCAUGCUACAAGGAAACUGUUAAUUGACAUUUAGUAGUGUGCGUUUAUGCCAAAUUACAGACACAAUGAUAAAAAUGAAACUGCUGAAGAUGCAGUCAGGUCUUUGUAACUAACCAGUCAUUACAAAUGGUAUGCUGUAGGUUAUUCUUUUACUUUAUCAGGUCUUCUGCUUAAGUCAUACAUCAUAACCUCUUCACAUUGCAGUAACAAAUCCUUAUUCUUGUGGUGUUUGAAAAUACUGGGUUUGUAUCCAUCUAAAGGAACUUCUUAGCCAUUUUGACUGC